GCCCCAUUCAGUCUGCUAUUAUACAAGUGACCCGUGUGAUCAUUGACCUACUUCUCUCGCCUCGUUCUCAUUAAGAUAUUGUAAAGACGGUAAAGAUAGACCCCAGCGGGCGUUCUCGUGUGAUGAUGGAGAGUUUACUGCGAGAAGACUCAGCCUGAAGAAGAAGUCAAGCAAAGUACGAGAAGAUAACUAAGAGUCCGUUCCCUGGAAGGACGACUGCUGAGCGUUAAAGCGCCAGCCUUCACAAUACUUGUUUUCGCCGCCAGCUGCGAGCUGCCGCGCUGGCCCAUGGAGCAGGGUGCCUGUCCCUUUAAAGCCGGUGAGUGAACAGGCUGUGUGGGAAGAAGGUGAGUCAGUCCGAUUUCCGCCUGGAAAGUCAGAUCGGUAACCGGAACGUCAAAAGGGUCACUCUGUCACCUCCCCAGCCGAAGGGACUCGUCUGUCGCCGCCUCCGCCACUGGCUAUCAACGAGCAGCCGCCGCCGGGAGCGAAGGACAUCAUGCUGCUUUCACCUGCAAGGGACACCAUGCUGCUGAUCUUAGGUUUUCUGUUUGCUGCUUGCAAUGCUUUGGAGAACACAACAUCUUCUCAAAAUGAUCCUCCGGUGGCAGCCGCAGUCGUAUCUCACUUUAAUGAUUGCCCGGACUCCCAUACUCAUUUCUGCUUCCACGGGACCUGCAGGUUCCUGGUUCAGGAGGAUACACCUGCCUGCAUCUGCCAUCCUGGCUUUAUGGGGAGCCGCUGUGAAUACGCAGAUUUCUUGGCAGUUGUUUCUGCGAAUCAGAAGAAACAGACAAUCACAGCACUUGUGGUGGUCUCGGUUGUUGCGACCGUGGUGCUUAUUAUAACCUGCGUGUUAAUACAUUGUUGUAGGUUGAGAAAGCGGUGUGAAUGGUGUCGGGCUUUUUUCUGCCGACACGAGAAAUCGGGGGGAUUCCUGAACAGCGGAACUUCCUGCUGCAAAACUGAGACAGUGGUCUGAAAGAGGACAACAAUGCAUCCUGGCCAAAUCCACAGCACAUCGGCUGCAGAACAUCUUCUCAGACUAUCGUAUGCAAACAGGAUUCAUUGUUUUCUGCCCCGUACUGACGGACUGUUGGCCACAUCUUCCAAACAGGACAAAUACUGCAGACCAUACCUUUCCAAAGACAUGGGAACAAUAUGUAAUGUGCCAUGCACAGCGAGAAGCACGUGAGAAGGACAUAGCUUUGCUGCAAUAUAUACUUCAAAUAUAUUCGUAUUCUCUUGCACUCUGUGUGGAUUAUGGAGAAAGUCCAGCAUACGAGAGACUUGCGACCCGACACGUUGGGUUUAUUUUGUUACAGAAGCAUCUUUUUUUGAGAUAGAUUGUUGUCUUAAACUUCUAUUGCCAGAGAGGUCUACAACUUGUGGUUAAUGGAUGCAUUGCAGACCUGUCUGGCAGCAAAAUAGUAAAUAGAGAAGCAUAUACAUAUUAUUUUUAUUUUCAAGAUGGAAGACGUGUGGAUUGCAAAGGACCAUUUUAAUGCCAUGCUGCUCGCAUUUCGAUAACUCUAGACAGCCUGGUAAUGUCUAAGGUAACUUGUCAGGAGCCGCAUUUGGCCCUGAAAAAGAAGGACUUCUAUUUUGUGUUAUAUUUUUAACCAGAAAUUACCUAUAUAGUGCAUUUGUGUAAACUUUUUUUUUUUUCCUGAAAAUUCGGCCCCAUGCAACACUUUAACCCUUUCCGUAUUAGUUGAACUACUGUAAUGCCCCGCCCCCCAUGUUUUGACCUUCCCAUCCUAAUCGCUUGUUUAUUUUUAAUAUUAUGACCUUCCUUCCUGAAUGAUGGGUUAGUUGCUACUGUUGAGCAGUAAUGGAGUGUCUCAGGCUCUUGAUUUCUUUUUUUUUCACGUAGAAUACUGCUUAAAACAGCAGAUAUAGCAAACGUAUAAUGAUGGUUAGAGGAGACUGGUUCACUUAACCUGUCAUGUGCCAGAGAGGUAUGUGAUUCAUUCUUGUGCUCUUCUUAUCUAGGGAAAAUGUAUAGUGUUAAACCAUUGAAUGAGUGAGAACUGCGCCCUUUAAAUGUUUGAAUAGUGCGACCAUAAAAGUAUUCGCCUGUUGCCGGCACCUUGAAUACACAAACCAUGCUCUUGAUUCGUUAGUGGACAGGAAAGGGUUAAAUUGGGAGGUGCCAACAAGAUGCUUGUAUAGCUGCCUAAAAGUGUUUAUGGCUAGCUGAGCAUCAUGAGAGUUCUAGAUUCAUUAUAGAUAAAUAUAUACUUGUUUGUUACACGUGACCUAAAUAAACCAAGGGUGUGAUUAUGUCAUCAUGGUUUGGGAAUGCGAGAUGAAAUGUGUGUUAAGCGUUUGUUUUUAGUAAGCAAGCCUGAAAAGUAUUACGCUAGUUACAAAAGACACGGACGUUAAAUUGGGAUAGGCGUUGGUGGUCUGCGGUGGGCUACGGCACAUCAGUGCAGAAAACUGGCUAUGGAGAAAUUCCGUUCAAUAAGAAUGGCCAGAAGUGACUCCGUCUUUCUUUAACAGAAGUACACGGCCAUUGCUCCAUAAGAACAGAACAGAGGUUUGACCAGGGCCUGACUUGGGCCCUGGCACUUGGUCACGCAUGUGCCGCUGCGUCUUCAUACACGUGGUCACACUUCUUUUAUUUUUUUAAUUUGCAAAGUGUGUGGCCAUGUGUAUGCAGAACCCAAUCAACCAGUGGCCCACUGGGCAUUUGCCUGUUGUGCCAGUCCAGGCCUGGGU